AUGGAAGGUGCUGUCGUCAGGAGGGUCAUACCCUCCGAUAACAGCUGUCUCUUCAAUGCAGUAGGGUACUGAUCAAGAAGAAUAUAAAAGAGCCCAAUUUAUAACAGCACGUGCAUCAGACCAAAGAGUUUUGAUCUCUUGGCUUUUCAUGUUUUCUUUCUUCCUGCAACACAGGUACGUUAUGGAGCAUAACAGACACAAGGCAUCAGAGCUAAGACAGGUAACGUCGAAUAUUUGCGAAGUUGUGACAUGAAUUCGUUUCGUUACCGAGGAAUGAUGAUUCCGAAUUUCCAGUCCUGAAUUUCCCCCUCGAUUGCGUUACCGAUGAAUGGUCAUUUUCUUUAGUAUCUGAGCAGCUUAUAAUUCUCGAGCUUUUCUUGUAAGGUCAUUGCGGCAGCAGUAGCAAGUGACUCUGAGAAGUACAAUGAGGCAUUCCUCGGAAAACCCAAUGGAGAAUAUUGCGAAUGGAUUCUCGAUUCUGAUAAAUGGGGAGGUCAGAGGGUUUCAGAUUACGACGCCUAUAGAUAGAUAGAUAGAUGCUCGCUUAUUAUUGUGCAUGAAUUUUUUUUGUUUUAUUAAAGAGUGGAUCUUCAACUCAUGCAGCAUCAUCGUUUUUGUGGAGAUUUCGUUUCAUAAUCUUUUCAUUCUUGAUGCAUAGGUUGUGAUUUUCCUGGUUUCCAUUGGGCAUCCCUUAGUGACUAGGUUGGUAAACUCAUAGGCAUUUAUAUAUACUUCAGAAAAGAAUGACAGAUAAAUUUAUCUAUUCCUUUCCGCUGUUUAGUCCUGCCAUUGCAAGUUUCAAAGACAGAAAAGCUUCUCCCAUUUCCAUUCACAUCCCAUUGAUAAGCCUUGUGAAGCUGUAUACAGUUGCUACAGAGUUACAGUUGCUGCUGAUCUCUGCUCUGAUUUGAUAGCGUUUUGAUGCGCUAAAACCACUGUGAUUCUACUUAGCCCACUAGGUGCUCUGGUUGACGAAGAACAGAGUUUAAUCUUCUACAUUUGCGGCACAGUAGACAUUAACACGGUUUCGGCUUGGUGAUAUAAGCUCUAUUACAUUCAAGUAUUAUGAAUGUUUCAACAGCAAUGGCAAGGCCGCAAUUCGUAUUAGAAGGUAAAAGAAAGGCUGUUGUGCAAAUAAAGAGUAGAUCCUUGUCGUUUACAGGGGUCCCUUACAGGGUUUGAGGCGGGAGAUAUCAUCUUCUUGUCCAAUUUAUUGGUGCAUUUUGGCAUUAUAUACAGAUAAUCUCUCCUUAUUUUUAAAUCUAUUUUUUUAAGCAAUUUGAAUAGUGAAUAAAUCCCAUCCCGGAGGAAAAUUGUUGUCUUUAGUAUUCUUGCCAGAAAUGCAAUGUGGGGGACACCCGGAUGGGAGGGAAAUAUUAAGAGACUUGAAGAGGGUUUUUCUAUAUGGUGCUCCACAGCUGGGAAUGUUAUAGAAAUGAUCAGGCUGUGGUGGGUGGGUCUUGGAUGUUCCUUUUUAUGACGAUCAGAUUGCUUCAUUGGCCUCUGACAGGAAUCAGCCCUAGGAAACCAUGUGUGGUGCCAUCAGGUGUGGCAUAAUCAGAAAGUUCCUUCAUUGACAUCAUCGGUAUAAUCUUCACUCUGUAAAACUGAUGGGGUUUCGCUUCUUAUUUCCUCCAUUUUCUCUCUUCAUCCUUAUUUCCCGCAUGGUUAAAGAGAGUACUGAUUAAUUGUUGGGAAAAUGGCGUUUUUUUUUUUUUUGUUGAAAAUCCCUGCAAAAUAGAAAUGAUGUUUUACCCGCGUUCGCAUGCAAGGUGAAAGAUUGCAUGCUGGAUUUAUAUGGAAAUGGCGGAAUGCUUAGACCAAACUAAAGCAUUUUCGGAACUUUGAUCUUUGAGCCACACAUUCAGUUUGCCUGCUUUGAUCAAGAGAUGCCAACUCACUUUUUGUAUCAUUGGUUCCUCAGGUGCCAUCGAGCUUUCAAUAUUAUCAGAAUAUUAUGGGCGUGAAAUUGCAGCUUAUGACAUCCAGACGACCCGCUGCGAUAUAUAUGGCCAAGUGCGCAUAUAUACAUCUAAACUUAUACUCCCAUAUAUUUUUAUUUUUAUUUUUUUAUUAUUAUUAUUUUCUGUUGUUGGGUUCACCCACUUCUUGCCUUCUGAUCCUCUUCAGGAUAUGAAGCACAAGGAAAGGGCCAUGCUUAUCUAUGAUGGCAUCCAUUACGAUGCCCUGGCUGUAUGUUGUCUUUGUGAACGCUUUUUAACCAAAGUAUUUUCAUUUUUUUAUAUUUUAACUUUGGAAACUCAUGUAUAUAGUAGUGGACUUAUGAGGGCUACUUUCCUUUCCAUUCAUCCAGUUCUCUCCAUCUGACGGUGCUCCUGAAGAAUUUGACCAGACGAUCUUUCCUAUUCUCAGCGAUAGAACAAUAGGCCCAGUUGAACGCCUUGCCCUUGAUCUUGUGAAGGAUUCAAACAGGUGAGGACCUCGAUUUUCUUCCAAAUUUAUAGGCAAGCGUUCCUUUGAUUAUUUUGAUUUUUCAUGGAAUUCCAUAUUAUGCUUUAAACAAUAGUCACUUUUUUUUUGCGAAAAUUAAGACGUCUGAUUUAGCCUCGAGCCCUGAAGAACAUCUUGAAUUUGAAAAAAGCGAUUUUUUUGGAACUAGAAAUAAGCUGCCUUUUCAGGACUACUCUCCUGCUUUAUUUUUUAUACAUCUUUUCAGGACUAACAUAACUUUUUGGUGACGAAAAUAUCCCUUCAUCUUGCUGAGAUUUCCAAGUCCUAGAAGGGGGGGGAGGGGAUGCAGCCACCCACCUGCCAAAUCGAUGAGAUACUUACCUCAAUUUAUGCGUGCAUAUCAUUUCAUAAGUCAUUGCAACAUCAAGAGGCUGGUUUGAGGAAGAACUAGGCUUAUAUAUUCCUUGGCAUGCUCCUGAACCCUCCCUCCAUUUGGGGAUUGGAUUACCUUUCAUUUGAGCUGGAUUUGGGUAAAUUUUAGCUCAAUAGCUUGCUUUAUGAUUGCAUCAUCCAAAACGGUUUAGUUUGUUCUGUAGAGUGUUUGGUAUGAAUAUUUUUAAAACAUCGAAAUCGAGUGAUUUUACGCCUACAUUUGUGAACUUGGAGACUACAAGAGAAGAAAGAAAUAUUCUUUGCUAUGCUAUCAUGAUAAAAUGCUUGGAUUCUGAGAUGACCAAUCGGGGGAUGAUCACCCAGGGAUCGUGGCACAAUCCCACGGCUGGAGAGAUGAAGACUCUGUAUUUUGGAUCAUUGGUCAUGUUCUUAUUCGAAGAAAUUUAUGAAAUCACUGAGCAUCGGUUUUGACUAUCUUUUAGAACGAGAACACAGGCUUAGAUCAUCAGAGUUUCAUCCGAGUUGACCCAGCUAAUCCAGACAGAGUCGAGUCAACUUAUUUGACCAAAUUGGUUGAAUGGUGGAACACAGCCCGUUAAUGAAGUCAUCCCCUGCUGUUAUCUAUCUCCCUGUCAGAGCGUUUUCAAAUCAGUCGGCAUUCCUGGAUACAUGUGAAGAACUGAUGAACUGAUGAAUGAAACGCUCUGACAUGAGAGCCUUUCACAAUUUCUACUAAAUGCCUUGGAUUCUUGCGGAUGAUUGUAGAGUAAUCAGUAAUGUUCUUGACAGCAGCUGGUGGAUAACAUCUGAGAGGGUCCUAAAGCGGUGCAGAAGCUAAAGCUUCUUUGAUUAUAUUCAUGAUUGAACUUAUCAAAUUAUUCUUGAAGGUUGCAGUUGCUGGACAUGAUUUUGAUCAGACCCUUUUUUCUUGUUGGCCUCGAUGUUAGGAGGAGGAGCUACACCGACACCUCCAGCUUCACCCUCCGAUGUGGGGUCUGCCAGAUUGGGGUCGUCGGCCAGAAGGUCGGUCAGCUUCUACCGUAAUGACUUCCUAAAUUGCAACUGUUACAGUGUGUUGACUCCAGCCAUCUCUCUUUUGGGUUGACUCUAAAACCCCACAGGAGGCGGUUGAGCAUGCGCAAGCCACCGGGCACAUGAAUUUCCAAGAAUAUAAAUGA